AGGGGUGGGAGGCGGGAAUUCGUCCGCUGGAGUGUUGUACUUGGGAGCUGAGGGGAGAAAAAGUAAGAGUUAGGAAUCGGAAGUAAAGCGUGAUGUCUUCAAUACGGUCUGAAUAUACAAUUGGUGGGGUGAAGAUUGACUUUCCUUAUAAAGCUUAUCCAUCACAGCUUGCUAUGAUGAAUUCUAUUGUCAGAGGAUUAAAUAGUAAGCAACACUGUUUGUUGGAGAGCCCUACAGGGAGUGGGAAAAGCUUAGCCUUACUUUGUUCUGCUUUAGCAUGGCAACAAUCUCUUAGUGGGAAGCCCGUGGAUGAAGGCUCAAGUAGAAAAGCUGAAGUACCAUUGUCGUGUUGUUGUACAUGCCAUUCGAAGAAUUUUGCAAACAAUGACGUGAACCAGGAAACUUCAUUUCAUUUCAGUAAUCCAAGUACACCACCUUCUGAAAGAAGUGGCAGUUUGUCAACUUGUCAAGAUUCUCCUGGAAAAACUACACUGGCUGCAAAGCUAUCUGCUAAGAAACAAGCGUCUAUGUACAGGGACGAAAAUGAUGAUUUUCAAGUAGAGAAGAAAAGAAUUCGACCCUUAGAAACUACACAGCAGAUUAGAAAACGUCAUUGUUUUGAAAAGGAUGUGCAGCACUUGGAUGCAGAAGUUGCUUCAGGAAAGAUCACAAAACUCGACUCUCAAGGAAAGAUAAACUCCUUUUCUCCACAAAAUCCCCCUGGUCACUGUUCUAGGUGCUGUUGUUCCACUAAACAAGGGAAGAGUCAAGAUUCUUCAGAUACCACUAAGAAGGAUCAUGGAGGGAAAUCCAAGAUACCCAAAAUAUAUUUUGGGACACGCACACACAAGCAGAUUGCUCAGAUUACUAGAGAGCUCCGGAGAACAGCAUACUCAGGGGUCCCAAUGACUAUUCUCUCCAGCAGGGAUCAUACUUGUGUCCACCCUGAAGUAGUAGGCAACUUCAACAGAAAAGAAAAUUGCAUGGAAUUACUGGAUGGAAGAAAUGGAAAAUCCUGCUAUCUUUAUCAUGGUAUUCAUAAAAUUAGUGAUCAACGCACAUUACAGACUCUCCACGGAAUGUGCAAGGCCUGGGAUAUAGAAGAACUCGUCACCUUGGGGAAAAAAAUAAAGGCAUGUCCAUAUUACACAGCACGAGAACUAAUGCAAGAUGCUGACAUAAUAUUUUGUCCCUACAACUAUCUUCUAGAUGUACAAAUAAGGGAAAGUAUGGAAAUCAAUCUGAAAGAACAGGUUGUCAUUUUAGAUGAAGCUCACAACAUUGAGGAUUGUGCUCGGGAAUCAGCAAGUUAUAGUGUAACAGAAGUUCAGCUUCGGUUUGCUCGGGAUGAACUAGAUAGUAUGGUCAUCAAUAAUAUCAGGAAGAAAGACCAUGAACCCAUACGAGCUGUGUGUUACAGCCUUAUUAAUUGGUUAGAAGUAAACUCUGAACAUCUUAUGGAAAGGGAUUACGAAUCAUCCUGUAAAAUAUGGAGUGGAAGUGAGAUGCUCUCAAAUUUACACAAAAUGGGUAUCACCACUGCUACUUUUCCCAUUUUGCAGGGACAUUUAUUUGCUAUCCUUCAAAAAGAAGAAAAAGUCUCAUCAAUUCAUGGUAAAGAAGAGGCAGUAGAAAUACCUAUUAUUAGUGCUUCAACUCGAGUAAUGCUCAAAGGACUUUUUAUGGUACUUGACUAUCUUUUUAGGCAAAAUAGCAGAUUUGCAGAUGAUUAUAAAGUUGCUAUUCAACAGACUUACUCUUGGAUAAACCAGCCAGAUAGUUCAGAUAAAAAUGUGUUCUUUGUUCUACCGAAAAAUAAGAAACGUUUACCACAGAAAACAGCAGUUCGUGUGCUGAAUUUUUGGUGCUUAAAUCCAGCUGUGGCCUUUUCAGACAUUAAUGGCAAGGUUUGGAACAUUGUUUUGACAUCUGGGACAUUAUCACCAAUGAAAUCCUUCUCAUCAGAACUUGGUGUUACAUUUACUAUCCAGCUGGAGGCUAAUCAUGUCAUUAAUAACUCACAGGUUUGGGUUGGCACCAUUGGGUCAGGCCCCCAGGGUCGCAAUCUCUGUGCCACCUUUCAGCACACAGAAACAUUUGCGUUCCAGGAUGAAGUGGGAGCACUUUUGUUAUCUGUGUGUCAGACUGUGAGCCAAGGAAUUUUGUGUUUCUUGCCAUCUUACAAGUUAUUAGAAAAGUUAAAAGAACGUUGGCUCUCUACCGGUUUAUGGCAUAAUCUGGAGUUGGUGAAGACCGUCAUUGUAGAACCACAGAAAGGAGAAAAAACGGAUUUUGAUGAAUUACUGAAGGUGUACUAUGAUGCGAUCAAGUACAAAGGAGAAAAAGACGGAGCCCUCCUGGUAGCAGUUUGUCGUGGUAAAGUGAGUGAGGGGCUAGAUUUCUCAGAUGAUAAUGCCCGUGCUGUCAUAACAGUAGGAAUCCCUUUUCCAAAUGUGAAAGACCUACAGGUUGAACUAAAGCGACAAUAUAAUGACCAGCACUCAAAAGUAAGAGGUCUUUUACCAGGUCGUCAGUGGUAUGAAAUUCAAGCAUACAGGGCCUUAAACCAGGCCCUAGGUAGGUGUAUUCGACACAAAAAUGAUUGGGGAGCUCUGAUUCUAGUGGAUGAUCGUUUCAGGAGUAACCCAAAUCGAUACAUAUCUGGACUUUCUAAGUGGGUACGGCAGCUGAUUCAGCACUAUUCAACCUUUGAGAGUGCUUUGGAGUCCUUGGCUCAAUUUUCCCAAAAGCACCAAAAGAUCAUCAAUGUAUCCAAAGACAGAAAACCUGUACAGGACAACGAGUCUACAUUUUCAGUGGCUUGUUUGAAAGACAAUACCUCAACUUUUUUAUUAGAAGCAGCACGCUCUCGAUCACCAGAAUAUCCUAGGGAAGAUGAUCCAGUAGUAUUGGAAGGGUCUGCCCAGGCAGUGGGAGCAGAAAGAAUUGUGAUUUCCAGAUCUAAAAGCCCAACCUUCAACAAACAGACAAAGAGUGUUAGCUGGUCUGGCAGUAAUUCUUUGGGACAGCAUCUCACUGGUAAAAUUCUGACUGUAACACCUGAGUUUAAAUCAUCAGAGGACUAUGCCUCUAGUUCAUCCUCUUUUAAAACAGAAAAAGAAGAUGAGGCUGUUUUGCCACUCUCUGAUAAGUGUGAGUCCUCAGCUGUGACAACAAACACGUCAUUUGGACCAUGCCCUCAAUCAGAAACUAUUAUUCCAUCAGAAAAGAUUGAUGCUACUCUUCCUAAUAAAAAUCAUUCUGAACAGCUGCUGCCCUGUGAAGACGCCCUGAAUCCAAAUAAUCAGUUAUCUCCAGUAAGUGAAGAAGCUGAACUUCCCACUUCAGAUAGAGCUUCUGAAACAGAAGCAGAGGAUGAAUCUAUCUAUUUCACACCUGAACUUUAUGAUCCUAUAGAUACAAAUGAAGAAGAGAAUGAACCAGUUGGAAUUGAUAGUGGCAAUAGAUUGACUAAUAAUUCAGACUGCAUUUUAGCUGAAGAUCUUUUUGGAAUUAGUACUAUGAAAGGAGUGGAUUCAGUCAGAGAAAUGGAAGAUGAGGAUUACAGAGACACAAAGUUGAAUAGACUCAUGCAUAUUGAAGAAAGUAAAGUCGAUGACCUUGAUAGUAAUGUAAUAACUCAUAAAUGAAUUGGAACUGGGGAAAAAAGUUGUGAAAUGGAUAUAAAGAACAUUAAACAGUCUCCUUCCAUUUUAAGGUGUGUUCCCUGGUGUUAGGUAAUAAUACUUGAUUGACUGUCAAACUAUAAAAAUAUGUCAUCAUGCUAAUAUUAAACCCUGUUGUAAAUGAUAAUUUAUACACUGGAUAAAUGGUAUGUUUCUUUUUUUCUUUGCUUUUUAGGGCCACACCUGCAGCAUAUGAAAGUUCCCAGGCUAGGGGUAAAAUCAGAGCUACAGUUCCCCAUCCACACCACAGCCACAGCAAUGCCAGAUCUGAGCCCCAUCUGUGACCUACAUAGCUCACUGCAACACCGGAUCCUUAACCUACUGAGUGAGGCCAGGGAUCGAACCCAAGUCCCCAUGGAUACUAGUUGGGUUCAUUUCCACUGCACCACAACAGAAACUGCAGUGUAGUUUUUGUUUUUUAAGAUAUAUUUUUCACUUUAAUCCAUUUUCAAAAAUUUUAAAGUCUCUUUUAUAUUCAGAAAUGUUAAGUUUUACUAUUCUCAAGUUUAUAUAAAGUGAUUCAUAAAAAAUAUUUUCCCCAACAAUAUUUUAUUCUUUAGCUAAAUGCAAUAUUAAAUUAUCAAUCUGAAAGAUAAUUUCCUAAGGCACUUUUUUUUGUUGUUGUUUUUUGGUCUUUUUGCCAUUUCUUGGGCUGCUCCCGCAGCAUAUGGAGGUUCUCAGGCUAGGGGUCCAAUCUGAGCUGUAGCCACCGGCCUAUACCAAAGCCACAGGAACGUGGGAUCCGAGCCGCAUCAGCAACCUACACCACAGCUCACGGCAAUGCCAGAUCCUUAACCCACUGAGCAAGGCCAGGGAUCAAACCCACAACCCCAUGGUUCCCAGUCAGAUUCAUUAACCACUGAGCCAUGACAGGAAUGCCCCCUAAGGCACUUUAAAUUACACAUACAUAUUUGUAUUUUGUAGUCCUCUUCAUUUGUUUUCAUACUGAUGCAUAAAAAUUAGUAGCAGUCUAAUCCAGUCACACCUCAGUCAUGUUUCACUGUAGAUUUUACCUCAGACCAGUCUGAGAUAUUUUUUAGAAAUCAACCGUUUUCUUGAAAAGUUUAUUCUGGUAUUAAAGUGCCUACUUAAAAGUAAUUAAAAGUUGAGGAAGAAAACUACAUGCAUUUUAAUUGCAAUUGUUUUACAUUUUUUUCCCGGUAAACCAAAAUCAGGCAUGUUUUAAACAAAUUUAUGUAAAGUUAUAAAAUACCCAAUGAAGGAUUCCAAAUUUUCAAUUCUAAUUAUUUCGCUUCAUCAUUAUUGUGGAAAAAAGUUCUGGCCUAAAGUCUUCAAUUAUGUAACUAAGAUAGAAAACUUCAAAUAUAAAUUUAGUAAGUAAACCCAAACCUGUAACUAGCUGAAAAAUGUUCCCUAUGGCUCAUUAAACUUUUCUAUAAAUCUUGACUGAAGCUAUACUUCUGAUUAAAAAUGGUUAUAAAAGGAGCUCUUCUCUGACAGGAGUUCUCAAUGUGGCACAGCAAGUUAAGGAUCCAGCAUUGCCUAAGAAUCCCUGACAUCACUCCAGACAUACAUUCACUGAUCUUUUCCAAGAAGCGAUUAUUAUCUAAUGAACAUUUAGGCUUCUUCUGAGUGAUCUGAAUUGAAAUUGUGUGUGCUGUUAAAGCUGUGGAUGUGGUUUCUUAUUUUCAAGUCAAAAUUCCCAGCAGUUAGAUAUGUUUUAUAUUCAUUUGGAACAAUGAUUAUUACAUAUGCAUAUGUUUACUUUCAUUUUGAUGGUGUUUAGAUUGAAUACAGCUUGUUUCUAUAGCAUUGGGUGUUAGAACGCUAAGCAUAGCUGAAAGAAAUUUAAAUUGAUAAUUUACCAGUGAAAGAAUUUGUCUAUAUAUUGGGAUAUAUAUUUAAUCCCCCCUAGUAUUAGAUCGUUUUCUUAGGUGAUCAGUAAAAAGUUAAAAGCACUGGAUUACAAGGGAAUUUCUCAAUUAUUUUGAAAGGCUGAAACGAUUUCUCCUCUUUGGUACAAUUCUUGAUCCACAGAUAAAGGGUAGUGCAAGUAGUAGAAAGAAUACCAGAUGGAAGACAGGAGACUUGGGCUUUAUUCUUGGCUCUGCCACUAAUUUGCUAAGUCGUGUUGGCAAUUACCAUGCCUUUUGGGGAAUUAGUUUCAUCUGUGAAGUAUGGAAUCUAGUAGUAUAAAAUCGUGCAAAUCCCUUUCAGCUUAAAAAAUCAAUAAUUUAAAGAAAUAUAUGUUGAUAUUUUAUUAUGAAUCAGUCUUCCUUUGCUUUUUUUUGGCAAAAUGCUUGAAAUAAAGUAAAACACUUGUAAAAUGUUUACUUGUAUGAAUAUAUGCAUACUUGGGGAAGCAAGGUAUUUAUUUUAACAGUGCCACAAGUAAAAUUUUCUUGAAUCUUUAAAAUUGCCUUAGAAGAACUGGUAAAUUACACGAGAAAAACCAAGUACAUUAUUUUUUAGUCAUAUCUUAGUGCUCUUAUCCAACUUGAUAUCAAACACCAUAUCUUUCCCUAGAUAUAAUUUAUUCUUUCCAAAAUCUAAUUCUCUCCAAGGUUAAACAUUCUAUGUACAUUACUGAGAAUGUACAUAGAGAUGUGCCACAAGCUUUUAGUAAGAAGAGGUGUUUCAAAAAUUUUGUACAAUGAUAUCACUGUUGAAACAGGUAUAGAGUCUCCUCGGAUCACAGCUUUGACCAGAAUGGUAUUGCAAAAAGUAAAGUACUAGCCUUUAUAAAGAGUAUGAGGUAGAAUAUUUUUAUUAGUGAAAACAUACUUUUUAAAGAGAUGGUUUAGAAAGUUUAAACAUGUAAAAGCAUUUAAGAGAGUACCUGGCAUAUGGCAAGCCCUCAUUUAUUACUUGAUAAGUCAAUCAUAUAUCUGGAGUACACUUUGCUUUUUUUAAGCCUUCUCCAAUGAUGAUGGAUAGAUGGAUGGAUGGAUGGAUGGAUAGAUAAAUUGAUAGAUAGAUAGAUAGGACAAAGAAUCAUAUAGCAGGAGGGAAAAGUAAUUUGGGUAAUUUAUUUUUAAGGCUUUUGAUAGGUAUAAGAUAGAAAUUGUUUAUCAAAUCAUUUGCCUUAUUUUAUGCAUCUGAAAUAAUUAUCUAAUACUGAAUUUA